AUGCUGCUCAGAGCUGCGCGAUCGCCGUGCUGGCGCACAGCGCAAUUCGCCUACCCGAGCUUCGCCGGUAGGUCACGAAGCACACGGCUCAAUGGCACACAACUACGUGCCUUCACGUCGAAUAACAGUCAAUUGUGGAGUCAAUCUGCAGGUAACAAAGAUCAUGAAGCUGUCAAAGCUGGUCCUACACCAAAUCCUGCUCCUGCACAAUUAGCAAAUGCCAAUAUCAUCCAAAAACCGGAAGAUAGCGGCAAUGUGAAGACCCCGCCAAAGAAAGACUUGUUGAGCGAGCCGAUGGCCGCAAAUAAGGAGCAAAGAAAAGCAGACUGGGCUAUCAUGAAGGAGAUGGCCAAGUAUUUGUGGCCUAAGAAUGAUUGGGGCACGAAGAUUCGUGUCAGCUCAGCGCUUUCACUACUUAUUGGAGCAAAGAUUCUCAAUGUGGAGGUGCCUUUCUACUUCAAGAACAUUGUCGAUUCAAUGAAUGUAGAUUUUGCUACCCUCGGCGGAACCGCCUACACUGUGGCCGGAUCAAUGAUCAUCGCUUACGGUGUGACUCGAAUUGGUGCUACAUUGUUCCAAGAGCUUCGCAAUGCAGUCUUCGCUAGCGUUGCACAGAAGGCCAUUCGCAAGGUGGCAUCGAACGUUUUCGAACAUCUGCUGCGACUGGAUCUCAACUUCCACCUCUCCAGGCAGACUGGAGGCCUGACCCGCGCAAUUGAUCGAGGUACUAAAGGCAUUAGCUUCUUGCUUACUUCCAUGGUUUUCCAUGUAGUCCCAACAGCACUGGAAAUCUCGCUUGUUUGCGGUAUUCUGACUUACCAAUAUGGCCUCCAAUUUGCUGCUAUUACAACGACCACAAUGAUCGCAUAUACCGCGUUCACCAUCACUACAACUGCGUGGCGAACAAAGUUCCGGAGACAGGCCAAUGCAGCUGAUAACCGCGGAGCCACUGUUGCCGUGGACUCGCUCAUCAACUAUGAGGCUGUCAAGUACUUCAAUAACGAGAAGUUCGAAGUAGCGCGAUAUGAUAAGGCCUUGAAGAAAUAUGAAGAUGCAUCCAUCAAGGUGACUACAUCUUUGGCAUUCCUCAACUCUGGCCAGAACAUGAUCUUUUCCACUGCGCUGGCCGCAAUGAUGUACAUGGCUUGCAAUGGUGUUGCGAAUGGAGCCUUGACUGUUGGUGACCUUGUCAUGGUCAACCAACUGGUCUUCCAGCUCUCGGUUCCGCUCAACUUCCUGGGAUCAGUCUACCGUGAGCUGCGCCAGUCUUUGCUGGACAUGGAGACGCUUUUCAACCUGCAAAAGGUGAACGUCACCAUCCAAGAGCGACCCAACGCCAAGCCGCUGCAGCUGACUCAGGGCGGCCAAAUCCGCUUCGAGAACGUUACUUUUGGCUACCACCCAGAUCGACCAAUCCUCAAGAAUGCCACCUUCACUAUCCCAGCAGGACAAAAGUUUGCCAUCGUUGGGCCUAGUGGCUGCGGCAAGUCUACGAUCUUGCGUCUGCUUUUCCGCUUCUAUGACGUCCAGUCCGGCCGCAUUCUGAUCGACGGACAGGAUGUCCGUGAUGUGACUCUUGAAAGUCUCCGCAAAGCAAUUGGAGUGGUGCCACAGGAUACCCCGCUGUUCAAUGACACGAUAGCUCACAACAUCCGCUACGGACGGAUCAAUGCAUCGGAUGAAGAAGUACGCCGAGCUGCAGAGCGGGCCCACAUCCACAAACUCAUCGAAGGUCUGCCUGAUGGCUACGACACUGCUGUUGGCGAGCGCGGUAUGAUGAUUUCCGGCGGCGAGAAACAGCGCCUAGCAAUCUCUCGACUGAUCCUGAAGGAUCCCCAACUUUUGUUCUUUGACGAGGCAACAUCCGCGUUGGAUACCUACACAGAGCAAGCCCUGCUCCAGAACAUCAACAGCAUUCUCAAAGAGAAGAGCCGCACCAGUGUGUUUGUGGCUCAUCGUCUCCGCACGAUCAGCGACAGUGACCAGAUCCUGGUACUGAAGGAAGGGCACGUAGCAGAAAUGGGCUCGCACCGCGAGCUGCUCGAUCGGGAUGGCAUUUAUGCCGAACUUUGGAAUACCCAGGAAAUGUCCCUGGCCCAGGAUGUUGACUUGGAGCGGAAUCAAAGUGAGGAGGAGAUUGAGCCUAAGGCUUAA